AUGGAAAGCGCGUCGCACUCACGCACCGCCUCUGUGGAUCAACACACGUAUGCUUUGAUCCUCGAGCACAUCCUCAACGACCCUGCCACCUACGAGCUUCCUCUGCGCACAAUGUACACCAUCAACUCGACGCCUGCCACACGUGGACACUCGCUCUCCCAAACACGCACGCGUGAGAACUCCAUCGACUCACACGCCAGCGCGUCACCAACCUCGCCAAACUUCCCCUUCCGCAACGACUCGGCCACCGAGUCUCUGUCAACAAACCUCAUGGCGCAAAUGGCCAGCCUUCCCACUCAACCCACUUCAUUACCGCCAUCCUUCAUCACCGCCUUCCUCCGCAAGGCUUUCUCCGCUGACCUUCGCUUCGUCGACUUCCCUCAGUCGCUGACUGGCCUCGACUACCUCAAGGACCUCGAGACCAGAAGACGCAGAGAAGUCGCUGCCGCCCUGGAGUGUCUGGGCAUUGACCGCGAUACUAUUGGUGCCGCGGAAGAGGACCUCUCCAGACGCUAUCCUGGCGUGCUCUCGUGGUUCCGCACACUUGAAGAGAAGGAACGCAAGAUCGAGGCUCUUUACACACAGAUCUACGUUGCCCUCCGCCGCUGGGUCCUCAUCAACGAGCUCUCCUUGACUCCCUUCAACAAGCACAACUGCAUUGCCAUGCUCAACACUCUCUACCCCCCAAUCGUCUCUUCCCAGCCUACCUCCAAGCUCACCCCUGGUAUCUUGAAGAAGCAACGCGACACUUUCUUCAAGUACAUCCAAGCUGUCGAGAAGAGUGGCCCCUCUGUCUUGGUCAACCUCAUCCAACAAGGCAAGAGGCCCACUGACGAGAACGGCUGGGCUUCAACUCGCAACACUCUUGACAUGUAUCUGCAGGUUGCCAACAGUCUCAUCUCUGAAUGCCAAGAAAUUCUCUACACCGAUACUACCUCCAUCGUUGACUCGGCCGAAACCAAGCGCAAGGGUCGCAAGGUCGACUCUGGCAUCAGCUUCGAGUCUGACCAACGCCGCCCUUCAUCUAGCAGCAGCAAGAGCAGCAAGAGUUCCUUCGUUGAAGAUGCACCCGUCGCUGAGAUGCGUCGCAAGUCAUCUUCGGGCAUUCUGAGGUCUUCGGGCUUGAUGAAGUUCGCUCGUGAGAUGAAGAACAUGGGCUUCUCCAGAACAGAGGCUCGCAGCUUUAGCAACCUUGGUGGCCUGCGCUCUGCCAACUCCAGCUCGACCUCAUUGGCCAGCAGUGGUCAUCGCAGCGAUGUUCCACACUUUGACGCAGAUGAGAUGAAGAGACAGCGUCUCAUCUACGAAGCCAAUGCCGCAAAGCAGCCAAAGCCUUGA